AUGCUGUGGCUCCUGUACCUGGCACUCUGCCGGCUGCUGACAGACACACGAGCUGACCCCGGGGCGCUGCUGCGACUGGGCAUGGACCUCAUGAAUCACGAGGUCCAGAGUGCCAUGGAUGAAAGCCACAUCCUGGAGAAGAUGGCAGCUGAGGCGGGCAAGCAGCAGCCGGGGGUGAAGCCCAUCAAGGGCAUCACUGAUCUGAAGGUGAAGGAUGUCCUGGUACCUGUCAUCACACUGAACUUUGUACCUGAGGUGGGCAUCUAUCAGUGUGUAUCCACUGGCAUGACCAUCACUGGCAAAAGCUUCAUGGGUGGGUACAUGGAGAUCAUCGUGGUCCUGAAUAUCACAGCCACCAACCGGCUUCUGCAGGAUGAGGAGACGGGUCUUCCCAUGUUCAAGAGUGAGGGCUGUGAGGUCAUCCUGGUCAGUGUGAAGACCAACCUGCCUAGCAACAUGCUACCCAAGGUGGUCAAUAAGUUCCUGGACAGCACCCUACACAAAGUUCUCCCUGGCAUGAUGUGUCCAGCUAUUGAUGCAGUCCUGGUAUACGUGAACAAGAAGUGGGCCAACUUGAGUGCCCUCAUGUCCGUGGGCCAGGUGGGCACUGUCAAAUAUGUCCUGUCAUCCAUACCGGUCACCACAGCCAGCUACAUCCAAGUGAACUUAAAUCCUGUGGUGCAGCAGCAAGAGGGAAACACCAUCAUACUUUCUGAUGCUGGAGAGGAGCUCAGACUCCCCAAGGACUACAUUGAAGGGUCUUCACAGCUGCUGCUCUCAGUCACCUCCCUCACAGCUGAGCUCACCCUCCUGAAGAAGUCCUUUAACGUGAAAAUCCGGGACAAAAAGAUUGGUCAGCUGCCCCCACAAACCACUAAGACACUUGCUGGUUUCAUCCCUGAAGUGGCUCAUGCUUAUCACAAGUCGAAGCACUUGGCAACCAAGAUCAAGAUAAACAAGCCCCCCAAGGUCACCAUGAAGACAGGCAAGAGUCAGUUGCACCUCCAUGGUACCUUAGAGAUGUCAGCUACUCGGCGGAAGGGCAAGGUUCUUUCGUCCCUCUUUCUCUUGGAAAUUCACUUCAACCUGAACAUCCAGUACUCAGUGCAUGGGGACAGGCUGCAGAUGGUCACCUCUCUGAACAGAUUACUGAGCCUGUCCCGGAAGUCCUCAUCUAUUGGCGCUUUCAAUGAGCAGGGACUGACUGGCUUCAUCACUGACUAUCUCCAAGAGGCCUACGUCCCAGUCGUCAAUGAUGUGCUCCAGGUUGGGUUCCCACUCCCGGACUUUUUGGGCAUGAAUUACAAUAGAACUGAACUGGACAUAGUGGAGAAUGGCCUGGUGCUGAAUUUGAAGUCUGAAUGA